AUGGAGUUUGACACAAAGUAUGGCAGAGAAAUAGAUGUUGCCUCCACCCAAAAGCCCAUUUUUCCUUAUGACAAUUACUUGAAACAUGAAAUGGAAGAUGGGUUUUCCUUUGAAGCUUCAUCUAAAGCCCUAUUACAAGAUCUUCAACCUCUUGACCAAUUCCCAAUCUAUGGAUCUUCCUCAAGUUCCCCUGACUUUAGGGUGCAACCUUACAAUCCUCCUCUAGAUAAUGGGUGUUCGUUAAAUAUGAAUAUGUAUGAGUCUAAGCCAUUUGGGGAAAAUAGUACCUAUGGAGCGUCAUCCUUUGUCAUGGAGAAUAUUAGUACUAAUUUUCAAAGUGGAGGGGGGUACUUGUUCAACCAAUAUCUUCAUCGAGCCAUCCUUCCGGCCAACAACAUGAUUGAAGUCGACCGGAGUUUUCUGCCCUUCAACUGUCAAGAGAUCAAACUUGUGAACUUUGUGCUCCCAGAUGAAGUUUCGUGCACGACAACCCCAUCGGACAAUGGAUACUACAAAAAUUUUAAUGGUAUAGACAAGGGGAUUAGGGCUUCUACCUUGGGGAGAAGAACAUACAAAGGUCGCAAAAAGAAUUCCAAUGUGGUCAAAGGGCAAUGGACUAUUGAAGAAGAUAGGCUAUUAAUUCAACUAGUGGAACAGUAUGGAGUGAGAAAAUGGUCCUACAUUGCUCAAAUGUUGAAAGGAAGGAUUGGCAAGCAAUGUCGAGAGAGAUGGCACAACCAUCUUAGGCCUAACAUCAAGAAAGAUACAUGGACAGAAGAGGAGGAUAGGAUUUUGAUUAGCGCCCAUGAGGAAAUCGGCAACAAGUGGGCUGAAAUUGCAAAAAGAUUGCCAGGAAGAACUGAAAAUAACAUAAAGAACCACUGGAAUGCUACCAAAAGAAGACAAUUCUCUAGAAGAAAGUGCCGCUCUAAAUUCCCAAGAACAAGCACCCUCCUCCAAAACUACAUCAAAAGCUUGAACCUAGCUUCUACCAAAACUGGUCGCCAAAAAAACUCUUCUUCUAAGUCUAGAACUAACACCAAUGCUCACAAUCAUGCCAAUGACAAUAAUAACAUUGUGAACAACAAAGAAGAACCACUAAAGUUCUGCUUGGGCGAUCGGCUAGUCUCAGAUUUCGAUAUCAACCUCGACAUAUCAGAUUUUCCUUUUGACAUGAACGGUAUGCUUGAUGAGAGAUGUAGCAUAGAUUCACUAUUGGAUGAGAUGUCAAAUUGUGGUGCAAUUGGUAAUGAGAAGGGGUUUGAUGAGAUGGAGAUGGAGAUGGAGAUGCCACUAAUGGACAUGGAUUCAUUGAUGCAAUGUGAAGUGAAGAAGGAGUUGGAUUUGGUAGAAAUGAUCUCUAAAGUUAAUCAAUAA